UGGUGUGGUUCCUGGCUGGCAGGAUGGAUAGCUCAUCUAGUAGUCCUUUCUGUGGUGGUCAUUGGGAUAAAGGUGAUGAAUCACCUCCUCCAUCAUAUGUUCGACACCACCGAUUGCCUCAAGGAAGAACUGACACCUGCAACGCCUACAACUGCCAACGAUAUCCCAACUCCCGUCGAGUCACUUAACCCCUGCCAGCACAUAAGAAGCCGAUCAUUCGAAGAAAUAGAGAUGCAGGUAGUAAACAGUGGAGGCGGCGAGAGUGAAACUCCUCCUGUUGGUUGCAGCUCACGCAACUCUAUUAUGGAAGCUCAUCCCACCCACUCCGCCCAACCUCCCUCAACCAUAGAUCUGAAGGCUGAUGUGCAUCACAAGGAUAGCUCAGGAAGUGAAGAAGGUGCCAAAUGUGAAGCAGCUGCAAUUGCCAUGGUGAACAGUGAUGCCCCAGAAAUGACACUUCGUGAAAAGAGACCUAAAGAAGGUGUGGGAGGUGGAACAUCUAGUAGUAGCCGUGGCUUGUGUGUCUCUGAGGGAACAUUGGGUAGUGUCUCAGAAAUCACUGAAGUUCGAGGUAAUGCUUCCGCUACUGCAAAACAUUCACAGUCCUUAGGGUGGUGUGGUGAGGAAAGUAUGGGUGCCAAUUCAAGCAGUAGUACUAGUGGUCAUAAUAGUGGAGGGCCACAUAAACGAUUACGAAGGAAUGCCGUGUCAGCUGGUGCCAUCACCACAUCCACUCUGUGUGAUUCUCACUCAGUAGACAUUGUUUACCCCAAAAGUGCCAAAGUAGAGAAAUGUGGCACUGUGCACUUUCGGCCUGGUGUUCAUCAUGGGAGCACAUCUUUAGGGCUUGAAAGUGGAUCAGGAUUGGCUGCAGCGUCGUCUAACACUCCUACACCUUCAUCUCUUCCAUCAGCCGUAGAACCACCUUCUCAUCCUGUUAGUUUAGAGGUAAUUAUUGGUGAUGAAACAAAUCGUAGUCAUCACCACAGUCAUCGCCAUCACAGUCGACAUCAUCAUCAAACUCAUCAUCGUUAUCAUCCACACCAUCAUAAUAGGAAACUAUCAUUGGUGCAGCCAGGGGGAACAGAAGUAAGCAACAUCUCUGUCAUCGAAGAGCGCAGCAAUAGUUGUGAUACUAACAGUGGUAGCUGUUGUAGUGUAAAUAGUGAGGGUGAAACAGAUGAAGAGGGCCCAAAUAAAGGUUCACAUUCCCCGCUUCUCACACGUCACCAAAGCUUGGAAGGAAAAAAUUCUGGGGGUCGCAGAGCUCACUCCGGCAACGCUAGGCUGGCACCCACGCCUCGUAACUCGGGUCGUGCGUACCAGCCUCUUGUGUUUCGAAGCAGUUCUGCGAUUUCUAAGUUUCGUGAAAAGACAAAAACUGAUGGUGAUAAAGUGUGCACACUUACAUUUGAAAAUAUCUAUGCUGAUGAUGAUAGUUCAGAUACGUUAAGUGUAGUGAAAAUGUCAAGCAGUUCUGAUGAGACGCUAAGCAGUAUAGCAGAUCAGCUAAGUCUUCAUCGGCAAUCCUUAAGUAAUCUUGACUGUGAUAAUAACUCUAAGUGUACUGGUAAUGGAAACUGUGAUGAAACGGAGUCUGAAAAUGGCAGACAGGAUGGGGGUGCUGAGAGCUACCAUGGCAGGAGCAGAGAGGAUGAGGUUGCAGAUUUUUCCACAAAUCCCCAGGCCACUGAAACUGCAUCCAUUCCUCAACACACUGGAGAUGAACCUUUAGUAGUCAGUGAAGGGAGUAGAACCCACAAUAGUUUAAGAAAUUCACAUGAAUUAUUAGUGAGUGACAAUGUAGGGAGUAGAUCAUCUAGUCCAGGUAUAGAUUGGCUCUUUUCUCAUAGUGAUUCAGACUCAGAAUUUGCAGAUGUUGCUCGUGAGCCCAGUGAACAGAGGAGACAUUCGUCACAAAGAAGUGAGGAAGAUACUUGGAAUAUGAUUCGUUCCUCACCUGAAAGCCCUGUUGAACUUUGUGCUUCUGCAACUCAGUCGGGAUCAACCAACCAUGGAGCUAUCCCUAAGAAGCGUAGACAGGGUGUAGUCGUGGAAGAUGUUGAAGAGUCCAGCAAUGGAACUGGAAAUGAAAGGCCAAAUAAUGAACCUUUGAUCACUGUGGAGGAUCUAGUGAGAAGAAUAUUAGAGUUACUAAACAGCUCUCUUCUUGAUCCUCAGCCUUUCCAGCAUGACAUUCAGAAGUUAGUGGUACUUAAGGAGAGAUUAGAACAAGAAGGUGCCAUUGUUGAUGGAUUACAGAGCAACCAGUCCUCAUUGCCUAGUACUUCAUUAUCAGAUAACUUGAUGCAAACAAAUGAACCACCAAAGAAACCAGAGCCACAACUGUAUCGCAAACCUGCAGUAAGGCGCCGGAGGCACAAUGCUGGAACCACUGCUCUACCAUCUAGUAAACCUAGUGACCCAUCUGACUUAUCUUCCUUGCUGACUACCUCUACUUCUCUUGCUACUACACCAUCUCCACCAUUUCAGGAAGCUCACAGAAAUCAUAAUUCUCAGAGGACUUCUCCAUAUCCACCUAUGUCAGUAGAUAGAGAGAGUGAUGAAGAGAUUGACCCAAAUAAAUUGACUGUUGAGAAGAGGCUGAAUGGCGGAGGAACCUCACCAUUUUCUGGUGAAACCUCAUUGGGAGAAGGGGGACCACCUUUUGCAUUGUCAUCCUUGUCUUCCCUGGGCACUCACCUUGCAUCUUCACAUGAGGAUACUAGCGAUGGUGCUGUGCACUGUUUUCAAGAUGAAAAAGGAAAUUGGUUUACUUAUGCCUUUAAUGACAAGGGUGUUAGCACAGCAACUAGUUUAGUUCCAGUUAGUGAUCAUAAAGCUCUUACAAAGCUUUUGCGACGUACCGGUAGUAAUCUUCAAGGUCCUAGCCAGGGUGGUGGAAAUUGUAAUACUCCUGGUGGUCUUACUCGAGGUGAUGUGUCUCUUAGUAGUUCCUCAAUGUCUAUAUGCUCUGGUGGCACAGUUAUUCUAGACAACCAUAUUGUCCCAGCUAAUCUUCCUCCAGCCUGGCGGGAUAUUUGUAAAGCAACUCCUCCAGCCCUGUCAUCACCAAUAUCUGAUCCUGCCUGUAAUUCAACAGUGGUUCCUGUUACUUCAACUGUUCGCUUAAGGGGAUAUUCUUUGCCGGUAUCCACUGGUGUGACAAAUAUACGAGACCAGGAGAGAGGCAACCAAGAAGGGUCUAGUGAUCCUGAGCCUAUUCCCAGAGUGACUGUGGGGUCAAUAGAAGGAGUGAGAAAUACAGGCAUUCCUUUACUAGCAACAGAAACACGUCACCUUCAGUUGUUGAGCAUAGGGACCAUAGGGGCCACUCAUAGUCCCUUUCAGCUACUCACAAAUGCUUUGUUUGAGCGUCGACGCUCUAGCAACCGUCCUGGUACCGCUGCUGGUUCCGUCAUCACCUCCGAGGCCUUUGAGAACGUUAGUUUGCCUCAUGGACUUGAUACAGAUAUUGAUAUGGGACUAUCUGCCAACAAACUCAAAUUUCCUGUUACAUCUCCUCAAACAUUGCAAUAUUAUAAAUUCAAAUUGUGUGGAAACAAAUCAGUGAAAGUGAAAUUUGACAGACUUUUCCUCCUAGCACUUUUGGACAGAAACAUUACAGUUGUAGAAAAUUUUAUUUGUAUAUUUUUAGCAAUUUUAGUGAGCAUCCUAGGGUGUAUUAUACUUUAUGAAGAUUUCUAUCAAGAAUUAAAUGUGUUGAUAUUUUGUAUAGUAAUGGCAAGCUGUCAGUAUUCUUUAUUUAAGAGUGUUCAACCAGAUGCAGCAUCUCCCACCCACGGAUACAAUCGCAUUGUGCUGUACAGCAGACCAGUUUAUUUUAUCCUCUGCUGUAGUAUUGUUCUUCUCAUUCAGAGUUACCUACAAAGUGAAAAUAAGUGGCCCUCAUUUGUCAUCUGUGGUGUAGAUUUCACAGAUCGCGUAAUGUUACGGCAUUUGCGAGAUUUCUUCUUGUUAUUCAUAUUGUUCUUCCCUUUAAUCUUUAGCUUGGGUCUUCUUCCCCAAGUAAACACCUUCCUCAUGUACCUUCUAGAACAGACAGAUAUUCAUGUUUUUGGUGGAAACGCUACCACGAGCCUUACUUCUGCGCUGUACUGCAUAGGACGCUCUGUGCUCACAGUGAGUUUUCUCUUUGGGUUUGCAUAUGGGGGUUUGUAUGAAACUGCAGCCCAGACCCAGCAUAUUCUUUAUUCCAUAUUUUGUGGUUUGAUUGUUGCCUUCAGCUACCACCUGAGCCGCUCAGCAUCAGAUCCCACUACUCUUUGGCGUCUUAUACAACAACAUAUGUGGCCAGAGGAACUAAGGAGAGAACCAGGUACAAACAAUCCACAACCUCCAAAGGAAGCAGAUGAACUUACUGACCCCUUGCCCGAAAAAUUACGAAACACCGUACAUGCUAGGCUUGUUCAUGAUGCCAUUGUCUGUACUGUUAUGGCUGUGGUAGUUUUUGCUGUUCACUCAAGCACAGUGUUCACUGUUCUCUUGGAUGGGGAAGAUCCUGACCUUUUGAAAUCUCUGUGGAUAUUUGCGACUUUAUUUGGAUUUAUAAAUCACUAUGUGGUGCCACAGUUGAGAAAACAGUUGCCUUGGCUAUGUGUGGCUCAUCCAGUGUGUAGAACUCAUGAAUACAGCCAGUUUGAAGUGUAUGAUGCUGCCAAAAUUAUGUGGUUUGAAAAAGUUUAUGUGUAUAUGUGUAUAUUAGAAAAGAAUGUUGUAUAUCCUGUACUUUUUCUGUGUGCCUUAACCAAAGAUGCGCCAAAAUUGACAAAAAAGUUUGGCCUUAGUGCUGGAACGUUGAUAACUGUUAUUUGUGGCAUCAAAUGUUUGCGAAGUGUAUACUCCCAGCCACAGUCUCAAUACCUCAUUCUGGCAUUUGCCAAGCUUUUCUUUAGUUGGGAUUUUAAAGAUAAAACUGAAACGUUUUUGGUUGAUUACUUUGUCAUGGGAAUAAUUUUUUCACGUGUGUAUGAGUUUUUAUUAAAGUUACAAUUCAUAGUGACCUAUAUAGCUCCAUGGCAGAUCACCUGGGGAUCUGCCUUUCAUGCAUUUGCCCAGCCAUUUAGUGUCCCUCAUUCAGCCAUGUUAUUUGUACAAGCUGCUGUUUCAGCAGUGCUCUCUACUCCUCUCAAUCCAAUACUAGGCUCAGCUAUUUUCAUCACCUCCUACAUCCGCCCAAUAAAGUUUUGGGAGCGUGACUACAACACUAAAAGAGUUGAUCAUUCCAACACAAGAUUGUCAUCACACUUGGAACGUAAUCCAGGUUCUGAUGACAACAACCUCAACUCCAUAUUUUAUGAGCACUUGACUCGUAGUUUGCAGCAUUCACUCUGUGGUGAUUUACAAAUGGGACGUUGGGGAGGAGCCAGCCAGGGUGACUGUUUUGUUUUAGCUUCUGAUUAUUUGAAUUGUCUUGUUCAUAUUAUUGAAUUGGGCAAUGGUCUUGUCACAUUCCAAAUGAGAGGGUUAGAAUUUCGUGGAACCUAUUGUCAGCAGCGAGAAGUUGAGGCCAUAUCUGAAGGUGUAGAAGAAGAUGUUGGUUGCUGCUGUUGUGAACCAGGUCACUUACCCCAUUUGUUGAGUGCCAAUGCGGCUUUCAACCAGCGCUGGCUGGCCUGGGAAGUGACUGCUACGAAGUAUGUUUUAGAGGGCUAUUCCAUAUCUGACAACUCUGCUGCCUCAAUGCUACAGAUUUUUGAACUCCGCAAGAUUCUCAUUACCUACUAUGUUAAGAGCAUAAUUUUUUACGUUGUGCGGUCAAGCAAACUGAAAGAAUGGUUGUUCAAUUCCGAGAUCAAUGCUGCCUUGUCCCAUAUUCGUGAAAAAAAGUUUGUUGAUCUUGAUCCAAUUUUCAACCUGAACAUAGAUGAAGAUUAUGAUUUCAAAGAGUCAGGGAUAACUCGAACAAGCUUCUGCAAUAUUUACCAUGACUGGAUUGUGUAUUGCAUGACAAGGAGAGAGCCAUCAAGUGGUGAACAAGAGACAAUAGAUAGUGGAAGGGAGUCACAUCUGAUCUCCCUCUGCCUUGCACUUAGUCUUCUUGGAAGAAGAGCUCUAGGUGCUGCCUCUCAUAAUGCCAUGUCCAGUGUUGAUUACUUUCUUCAUGGUUUACAUGCCCUUUUUAAAGGAGACUUUCGUAUUACCUCCAUGAGGGAUGAAUGGGUGUUUACAGAUAUGGAGCUCCUUAAAAGGGUUGUUGCACCAGGGGUCCGCAUGAGUCUCAAGUUGCAUCAGGAUCAUUUCAUGUUCCCUGAUGAAUAUGACAACCAUGAAUCCUUGUACAAUGCAAUAUUAGAACAUGAGGCUCAAUUAGUUAUCUCCCACGAAGGGGAUCCCACUUGGCGUAAUGCUGUCCUUUCUGGCAAGCCAUCUCUGCUGGCCCUUAGGCAUGUGAUGGAUGAAGGUGCUGAUGAAUAUAAGAUAAUAAUGCUCAACAAGCGACACUUAUCUUUCCGUGUCAUCAAGGUGAAUCGGGAGUGUGUUCGUGGCCUGUGGGCAGGACAGCAGCAAGAAUUAGUGUACCUGCGUAACCGGAACCCUGAAAGAGGCUCUAUACAGAAUGCUAAGCAAGCUCUUCGUAAUAUUAUAAAUUCAUCCUGUGAUCAACCCAUUGGCUAUCCUAUUUAUGUUUCACCAUUAACUACAUCUUACAUAGAUACCAAUGAACAGAUGAAGAGCGUUGCUGGUGGGCCCAUCAGUCUAACUCUCAUUAAGGAUACAGUCAUUGGCAUAUGGAAAAGAGUGCAGCAGCGGUGUGGUGAAGGAUGCUCUAGUGGCAGUUCAGGGCUUAAUGAUGAAUGUGGCAGAGUUACUGAACCUCACCAUGGAAACAUUCCACUUCAUCAAGUUCUGACAACUGUUCCUGUAAGUUUGGGGUCUGGAAGUAGUCAAGAUGGCUCUCAAGUAGGUGGUCUCAGCUUGGUAACAGCAGCAGGUAGUCUUGGUCAGGGAAGCCUUGGGCGAGGUGGUUCAUUGUCACGAGGAUCCUUACAUGCCAACAGAGGCUCUAUUGUAUCAACAGUUUCUUCAUUGGUUGGUCCUGGAAAUAAACAGUCUACCUCAACUUUGGCUAGUUUAGCAGGUCUGCUCUCAGACACAACAGCUGGCUUGUCACGGUUAGAUCCCCGGGACAGAGAUGGACUUAGUGAGGGUUCAGCCAGUAGUAAAGAUCGUGAGUGGAGUGGAAGAGAUGUGUCUCUCCAGAGUGGAAGAGAUGCCGGCUCAAUUCAUAGUGGACGAGAAGGCUCUCUUCAUAGUGGUCGAGAAGGUUCCUUGCAUAGUGGUAGAGAAGUGUCCCUCCACAGUGGUCGUGAUGUAUCCUUAGUAGGUGGGGAGAAGCGCUUGCGAGGUGGAAUGUCUGCAAGUAGCCGAAGUACCCCAACAUCAUCAUUGUCAACCCCUGCAAGAGACAUUCCACCCAUCCCAAUCGUUACCAGUCAAGCAAAAGAGCCUCAUCUUCGUGAAUCAGGAUGGGAUGCCACAAGUCUCCGUGAUGAUAGCUCAACCCUACAUGAGGAGAGGGAAGAAAAAUUUACAACUCCACCACCUGAUAAACAUGUACAAAGAGUGAGGAUAAUUGAUGCAAACCAAGUGUAUGACACAUUAAACCUGGGAAGGCGCAUUGAUGUUGUAUGGCCCGAUGAAGAGAUGAAAAAAAGAGGAGGAAGGAGCUACUGGGGCCACUGGGUUCCUGUAGAGGGAAUGGAGGGGCCAAUAGUGCACACCUGGACUCCUCAUCACCCUGAUCCUCGGCUUCGAUCCCAUGUAGGCCGUGUAAUUUUCCUUGUCCAGAUUGAGGAUAAGUAUGUUCCUGUGGCACAAAGUGCAGUACAACACCUUGGGGCUGAAGUUUAGUCAGUAGAAUUUCAAAACUACCUAUUACAUAUUAUGCAGGUUUCUUUGUGCUCACGUACACAGUUUGUACUGUAUCUUUGAACAGUAUACUAUAGUGUACUAUAUGAGUAUAUAUGGUAUGUACAGUAUAUAUAUAUUACUGUAUACUGUACAUAUAAUUUUUGAACACACACACACGUACAUAUAGUACUGUACUUAUUGGUGAAUGACUAUUUAUUGAUCAUGCGUUGUGGUUGCUAGUGCAUAAGAUAUGGGUUAUCCUAAUGAACACAAUCCUAUUAUCAUAUUUUAAAAUACUUUAUUUUUAAUAUUUUGAUUAGUUUUGUCAAGUCAUGAUUGCAUCAGUAGUAUGCUUUCAGAAAUAAAUUCCAUAUGAUCUACAGAGAUGAUACCAUAAUUAUUUUAUUGACUUUAAAAGGAAAUAACCAAUGAAAUCAGUUUUUGCUCUGAAGAGGUGUGACAAAUUGGUUGUAUUCCGGUUAUUGGUAAUGUAUUAAUCUUUUCUUAAAGGGAUUUCUCAGUGGUGCAUUUUAGUCUUUUAUCAUUUGGAGAAUCUUUUGAAACAACAGGAUGUAUAUGUUACCUACAUUUGAAUUUGCAGACAGAGACUUGGAUCAGUAAUUAUGUUUACUAAAGUUAGAUUUUAAAACUGAAGAUUUGCGUGUAGCCUGAGAUUGGCAGAUACUUUAUUUUAAGAACAAAAUUCAUACUUUACUAUGCUGAAUGUUUGCAUUCUAAAAUUAAGUACUAUAAUGAGAAAUUGGGGCAGUCAUCUGUAGUUAAAUGGAUGAGAAUUGUGUUUGAUAGUGUGCCUGCAACAUUGCUCUGCUUAAAUAUAUAGAAAAAAAAAUUUCAUUUGAAUUCAAACCUUCAGUACUAGAAGGGUGUCCUGCUGACUUUUAGGAAACUUUGUAAGGAAGUACUGUAACUGGUAUUGUUAACAAACGGAAGGCCCAGAACACAACAAAAUUUUAAGUAGUUUUUCAACAGUAAAUUUUAAAGCCCAAUGUGUAAAUUCCUCAGAAAACAAGUCUUGAAAAUGCAAUGGGCUAUAUUUAUAUGAAGCAGUUGGAAACUUUUAAGACCUUACUUCACUAAACAUGAAAAGAUUACUGAAAGGUAGGAAGUUCACCAUUAUGAUUUAUUUAGCACACUACUGAUUAUCUUUAAGGAAGAUUGGUGCUGGGGGAGUUUCAUCACGUUCAUCUCAUACUUUCCAUAGAUGGUUUUGAGGAGGAGUCAUUCACAUUUUUCUCAUUGAGAUAUCAGUAAUUCCUUGUAAUAAUAAUGAUCCAUUUUUUAUUGAUUUAAAUAUUGCUAUUUCCCAUUUAGAAAUAAAAUUAAAUGGUUUAGAAUACAGUAUCAUGAAUGAUACAAGGGUUAAUGUACAUUUGGGUCUAAACCGCAGAUUCUUCAUUAGUUCUGUUUUUUUUCUGUAUUGUCACUGGUUGACUUCAGGUUAAGAAAUUUAUAACUUUUCUAUAAAUAGUUUUAUUUUUUGUUUGUUGUAGUGCAUUCAUUCUACAGUUUCAUCAAUAGGCUAUAGGGCAUUUAUAGUACUUGUACUAUUUUUUUUUUUUUUCAUCUUCAAAGUUUUAUCUUCACUUGAUCACUCAUUUCAUGCCAUUUCAUUUUUCAUGUUAAUAGUUUAUGCUUUUCUUACCUGUGCAUCCUGGUUGUAGAACAGUGUUCUUGAUGAAGGCUUACUAACAUUCCCUAUGUAAAAAUGUAUAGUUAUUAUUCAAUAUUAUUUGGAAGUUCCUAGGUUUUGGAUUUAUGACAAAAGUAUUUCAUGCAAUAGCUAAGAUAUAGAUAGAUCAUUUACAACAUUGUGUAACUAGACAAAAUAAGAUAUUAAUUUGUGUACUGCUAUAUUAAAUUAUUUAUAUGAUUGAAGGCAACAAAGGUAAAUGAAAAAGGAUUGUUGUCUUAAAUAAUGGUUGUCUUCAAUUUUACCUGUAGGUUUGUCCUUCUAAGUCUCUCAGCUUCAACUUUUCAUCUGUUCAUCACAUUUUUAUUUAACUGUUUGAGUCUGAAUUAUGGAUGAUGUGAAAUGAAAAUAAAAAGACUCAUAAAGAUUUUAUGUAUAAAUGGGUAUGAAAUUUGCAUUUUUAAUGCUGCUAACCAGUAUAGGAGCAAAUUGUAAACUAGCUGUAUAGACCACAAAAUAAACAUUUUUAUUUAUUUUUUGAGACUGACAGGGUGGAGAUGAAAAUGCAUUUCUAAAAACAAUAUGCUCUAAGGUAAUUUUUAAAUGUGUGUGUGAUUCUUAGUAUGUCUACCAUGGAAGUAAAUUUUUGUUGUCCCUGCAUAAUGAUAGCAAUGCUGAAUUUGGUAUGUUAAAUUAUUGUAUAAUGUUAAUUUAUAUUUUUUAAUGUUACAAAGAAAAUACGUGUGUAAAUGCAAUGGGCUUAUUUACAUAAAGCAGUGGUGAAUUGUAACCAUUGAACUGUAGUAUGGAGUUGAAGGCUUUAAAAAGCAUUGACCAGUGAGAUGGACAAUGACCAGUCAAAAGCAAGAAGAAGAAUGAGAGAGAAAGGAAGGUAGGGCUGAACAGUAAAGAGCUAUUAACCAGCCUCCUGAAUGAAGGAAAAUUAUUAGAACUUUUAUAAAAUAUUAAGUUUGAGUGUGCUAAAAGCAUAGAAGGUCGUUGGGGUUGUUGUUAAAUUAAAUUAAAAAGGCAAAUAUAAAUGGAGAUGAGGCAAGUGGAAAAUUGAGAAUAUUGUUUAAUGAUAGUAAAUUUUGAUGGAUGCUAAGCUAAUUGAUAUGAAAAGAGGUUUUAAAAUUUGACUAUGUUUUUGGUUAACACCCAUAGGAAGUAAUAGGAAUCUGAUGAUCUUAUGAGUUAUGAUUUUGAUGAGUUGUAUGCAAAUGUGUAACAGGCAUUACUACCUAAUUCAUUCAACUUUAUUUUGUCAAGUGGAAUGGGGAGAAUUGUGCUUGUUGAUGAUAGUAACGAAGAUGUUUGUAAGCAGUGAAGUAUUCGAAUAGAAGACCAGUAAGGGAAAGUUAAAAUCUGCAUUUUCGACUUAAAUAUUACCAUCUCCAAUUCAAGCCUUAUAGUUCCAUUUCUUCUGUUAUUUAUAUUGUAGAACUCCUCUUGAUAUUUGACAGUGAAUAUCAUGGCCACAUUUGAGUAUUUAUGAGAACAUACUUGAGGAACUGUAUUAAAAAUUUAAAUGUGUUUGUGAUCUGUCAGUCAUAUUUGUAAGUCUGUUUUAGUUAAGUAAGAUUGAGUUGCUGUGUAUAUGACUAAAUCAGUUAUCAGUGUCAGGUUUUUUAUUAAGCCUAGCAAAACAUUAUGAUGGCGGUUUCUUCAAGAACUGAUAGUACUAAAGAAAUCUUUAAUUCAGUACUUUGUUUCUGUCUUUUAAGGGGUUUAGGCUUCUUUGUUUAUGAUGAACAGCAUUGGUUGACAGUUCAUAAUGCAAAUCCUUAGCUAGCUAUCAGAUAUAUCUGUAGUGCAGUUUUCACUUUUGAAUGUGUUACUGCUAAUUUUAACAAAAAAAGGGUUUAUUAUUGCCUGUGCUUUGAAUGUGUAUAAUUCAUGAACUGUUACUUCAUUAGUGAAAUGUCAUAAUAGAUUCCAGAACAUGGUUAAGCUUCUUACAAUAUACAUUCUUGGAAAAUUUUUCUUAAAUCUCUUUAUAUCUUGACCCUCUUUUCCCCAGCCCAUAGUUUUACCUUGGCAGUUAUGUAUAUAUGCUUGCUACUCAUAAUAUGGCUUUUGUGCAAAACAUGCAAAGUUCCAUCUUUUCCUGCCAAUAUUUUAUCUGUCCGGUUUUACAUGCUCUUAAAGCUAUUUGUACACAAUGCAGUUUAGUAAAUUCUAUUAUCCAUCAUACAAUCAUGUCAUUAUUCCAAUCAGUUAUGUAAUGAAAAAUAGAAUAUAUCUACAUAUUUAUCUUCAAUUUUCUCAUGUGAUGUAAUUCUUGAAUACAGGUCAUUAACAUUUAUAGAAAAAAUUGUGGUUGAUCAAAUUUCAGCUCACAGUGUAUGGGAAGUAUUGUACUGUGUUCAUCUCUUGAAAAUGCAUUAUUGCCACCUGUACCUUUUCAGUUUACCCAGGCAAUUUUUUUAUUUGUUGAAGUGAAACAGAUUCCUUUUCAAUCUUUUUGCAAUGUGAAUUCUUUUAGGGGAACCACUUGAAAGUUGUUGCGUACUUUCUUAUGUGUUUGAAUCACUUAAAAAUUUCUGGUUCUGUGUCUAAUGAUCCCAAAACUUGUAUGUAUUAACAUGUAAUGUUAUUUAUUUACUUAUACAUUUUACAGAAAUUUAGUUGAAGUGCUUGCUUUUUCUUUUGUUUGAACAGAUUUAUGCAGUUCCCCAUCAGUUCAUACAUUUUACAGAAAUUUAGUUGAAGUCCUUGCUUUUUCUCUGUUGUUUGAACAGAUUUAUGCAGUUCCCCGUCAGUUCAGAUUUUUUUUUCAUUACUGCACAGCACAUAUUACAACUUGUUAAUUAUGUAUUUUUUGCACUUAAAGUUAUUUGUUAUAUAUUUAGAAAAAAAUUACUUGACUUGAGAACAGUUUCAUUCAUUCAGCAUAUAAUUUUUUGAAUCAGAACAGUUAUCACUCAAUUUACAGUUACUCUGAAACAUUUAUUUUUUUAAUGGAUUGCUUAUCAUUGAUCACUUUCAUAGAAGCUUUAUAGUGCAAAAGCACUAUUAAGCAGAAUUGGAAGUAUGCUGUGUAGUUUUGAAAUCAAAUGAAGUAGGUGUCACAUUGGAAGGAUAUAUGCCAUGCUUGGUACCUGAGUAUGGUGAUUAGGUUGAAAGAUAAACUAGUUUGCAUCAGCUUAUCCCUAGGAUGGUUUAGUUGUACAAUAAAAUGAGUUAUGUUCACACUUAUCUAAUGUGUGGAGUUUCUUCCUCAAGUUAUAAUAUAUCCCAUUGGCCCCUCUCAUAGUUUUAUGUUUUUUCAAAGCACAACAAUAAACUAUCCCAUUGGCCUCUUAUUUUUAAGUUUUUUCAAAGCACAACAAUAAACUAAUACGACCAGUAGUGUAAGGAAAAUUUGUUACUGAAAAUGAAACUUUGUUGAUGUUGCACAUUAGUGCAAAGCAUUAAUUGCUAUCAUUUGGGAUCCUUCUUGUUGUGCUGUAGUUAAUUCUGUGUUGCUCAAUCUUUUUCAGGCAGGUUACAUCCUGUAUGCAUUAAGAUAAUUUUCAUUGAUAAUGAAAUAUUGUACGAGGCACAUAGUGAUUUCAGUAUUAGAGACUUCUACUGCGAUUUAAUCUUUUUCCACUAUGUGUAUUCUAAAGCCUUCUCCAUUAGCUCUCUAUAGGCAUCCUUAUUACCUUAUGCUUAGCCUUGCUUAGCAAUAAAACAAAUAAAUGCGAGAAUGCCAAAAUUUCAGUCAGCACCUAAUGUUCUAUGAUUUACCACUUUCAUUUUACUGUCAUUAAAUAUAUAUUUACUUGGAAAUACUUUUACAAAUCUACUUCUUCCUUCUUAGACCUUCAUAGUGCUGUAAAUAGCCAUUCCACCAUUCAUUGCUUAUUUUCUAAAGUCAGUUUUUUCCCCCCAAUGCCAUUUCUUGGAGUUUCAUGUGUGUGUUUUUUCAGGCUCUACCAUCUUUGGUAUUGGAAAAUGGUUUACUUAAAACACUAAAUCAAAUAUCCAAAUUCCUGUAUGAUUGUCCAGAGGGUUGAAAGGAGAUUGGCAAUUGUAGUACAGUACUUAAAAAUGUUAAAACUGAACUUUCCAUGGCUAAAAGAUAUAAUGAUGAUCACAUUCACUCAAGUGUGACAGGCUUUAUUGUAGUUGGGUAAAUGUCAUUGUAUUGAGUAAUUUUUAGCUAAAAGUGAAUGUACCUGAUGAAAUGAAUGAUGAUAAUACAGGUGAUCUGAUGAGCCAUAGAGGUCUGCACGUUUUAUGUGCAAAUGCAGAAAAUAUUGAAUAUUUCAUAUAAAGGAAAGCCAAAGCAUUGUUCUUGCAAUCCUAUGGUCUAAAUGUUAUGUGCAACUCAGCAACGUCCAGUUUUUUUCAAUUUUAAUGAAACUUAAAGCAGUACCUAUUGUUGUCUCAAUCAUGUUUUAAAAUAUUUGAUUCUCAUUUUGAUUUGGAUGAAGUACUUGUGUUAAGUGUUUCUGCUUUUAUUUGAUUAAACUCAACAGCUUGUACAAGUCCCAAGCACUUUAUACCCAGUUAUGCAAAUGGGUAUUCUCUAUGAUGGAUAUGUACCAAAAUUAUGAUGUAAUAUUAGGCAUUUAUAAUGUUAUCCACCUCGCAUAACAGUCCUUUUCUUUGAAUGAUUAUCAGAUGGGUUUUUUUAUUUUUUAUUUAAAUUUUUUUUCUUGGAACACCUCUCUAUAUAGGAUGAACAGUUUUCAUGCACAUCCUGAAAAUAUGAGCUAAGGAGGUAAAAUAAUUCUUAAUACAGUACAUAUAUUUUUUUAUGAUGAAUGGAAACAAAAUAUUUCUUAUAUAGUGUGUACUUCUUAACAUCAAUUUGCAACCAGUAUUGUUUCCAUUGAGUUUAGUUAUUAUUAAAAAAAAUUUUGUUUUGUAGACAGUUGAAGGUUAGUAAAUCACCUUGACCUUAGUUUAGUAAUCAGUGGAUUUUUUUCUUUUAUAUUCUGUCCCUCCAAUUAUUCUGUAUGGAGACACACAAAUAGAUGAAUAGCUCAUUUAAUUAAUCUUUAGAGGAGAUACUGAUUUUUAUGGCUUUUGACACAGGGUUGGUCCAUCUUGAUUGAAAAAUAAAGUAGCCAAAUUUAUAUAUACUAUAUAUAUAUAUUAGAGAUUGUUCUUCAUGCUUUAAACUGUCUUAUCCAUUUUAGGUCUUACAGUGGUCUUACAGUAUGACCCUUCCUUUACUAGGAUCAGAAUCUUUAUGGGUAUUUUUUUUCUUUCUCAAGUUUUUGAAUGAUGAUUUUUUUCCUUUUUCUUUUCAGGCUACAUAUCUACAUUUAGUGUAAUUUUUAAAUAAAAAGUGUUUCAUGUUUCAAUUGAAACAAACAGAACCGUCAGACUAUAUGUAUGAAAUGCAAAAAGUGACCUAGGUAGUCAUUAGAUUUGUCAGUAACAUUGAGUAGUUGUUGACAACAUUUGUACUGAGUAUGCAGCAGUGUUCUUGAUUUGAUGGGUAUUAUAAGUUUUCUAUUUUUUUUUAUACUCCUGUUUGAGAGGUAAUUGUAUUAUACAGAGUGGGUGUUAUAAACUUUUUGUUUGUUAAGAAUUUUCUGUGAUAAUGAAUAAUAAGGCAAAAAAAAAGAAAAAAAGAAAACGGUGAUACUGAAGCAAGGGAUCUUUGUGCUCAUCUAUCUUUUUUCUCAUGUUUUAUUAUUUAAAUGGUCUCAAUGGUUUAUAGAACCAUUUCUCUAUACAGUAUUUAGUUAAUUCACAGGGAAAACUCUGAGGUUUUCUUCAUGUAAAACUGAUGCAGGUGUGGUAUAUUCUAAUAAACAGUUUUACGAUUUUAGCAUUGCCAGGUAAUGUAAUGAGAAAAGUUGGUUGUCUUAAGAAAUAUAAAAUUACAGAAUAAAUUUCAUAGAGUACAGUAGUCGAGUCAUGCAGUUAUGCAAUGUAUAAUGUCUUCUAAUAAACUGCUAAUUUUAAGGAUUCACUGCAGUUAUAAAACUUAAUAUUCAUUUUACAAGAAUAAUAUCCAAAUCUGGAUUAGAAUUUAAGCAAAACCUGUGAAUGAAUGUCAAUUUCAGGAGUUUUUAAGUUUGCUCUGUCUCGAACCAUUGGCAAUGUCUCAAAAUAGUAAAUGUCAAAGAUUUUUACAUGAACAGUCCAUUUCUAACUCCGGAAACCUGCCAUUUGCAUAUUUCAUAUUAGAUUCAUAAUAAGUUAGUGCUUGAAAUUUAUUAGAAAAUAAAGUAUAAAAUUAAAAAAAAAGAGAGAGAGAGAAAUGGAUGGGUUAUAAGGAAGUGAUACAUAUGUUGAUGUCUAUUAUGUCUUGUUUUUUCAGUGAUAUUCCACAAUCUUACCAAAUGGUGUUCAGUCAUAAAGUCUUCAAAGGAAGGAAAUUAAGUCCCCUCAGACAUUAAGCACAAGUUUUAUGUAGAUUCCAAGACUAGUUGAGGUAGUCAGUUAUAGUAGACUGAGCAUGGAAACAUAACCUGUAAUUGCAGUUUAGGAUUAUAGGCCUUAAAUCUGUUGUGAAUAAAGCCUACUUAGAAAAUGUUGUAUGUAUUAGAGUUGUUGACAUUUAUUUCAUUGUAGACGAGGGCAGCCAGAGUUGACUUAAUGUAUUGUUGGUUAUUCUAUUUGUAAAUAUUUGUAUAUAUAUACAGUUAUGUAUAUAAUGUAAAUUACAUAAAAAUCAAAUCGAGGGAUGUAUGGUUAUUUAACUAUCAUUACUAUUAUAAUGUUAUAGAUUCAAAACUGGUUACUUUUCAUACAAUAAACGAGUAAAAGAA